AUGGUGACGGUACUGGGGUUGUACACGGACUACGUUGGAAAACUCGCUGGUCGUCCAGUACGUAUGGUAAGUGAUAACGCGUACCUGGUAGUACUUCUAGACCUCCUCCCUCUCAACCUCACGUCAGUAGUCAUGUUCUGCAGCUGUUCUUGGAAGUACCAGAGGUUCAUUAAGGUUCUUGACAUUCUGGAGGAUGUCGGCCGGAACCUUCAACAGGACUUGCCAGAGGUGAAAGGCAAAGUAAAAGUACUUAUCGUCUGUAUCGUGAAUUUAUCAUUCAUUGUCUGUAACAGUGUUUUGUCUUGUACGGCUCGACCAAGUGUAUCACGCCAAGACCAGUUCAAGUCACUUUGCUACACUCCAGCACUCAUCAUGUACUUUGCUCAAGCCGCUCUGUUCCUCCAGUUUACCCAGGUUGCUCAAAGCAUUGCCGUAAGGUUUAGGGCCAUUAACGUCAAGAUCAAGGAGGAACUGAUCCGGAAUAGGAGUGAACAAGGGAUGAUCAGAGGGUCUCCUUCAGGAGUCAACAUCUCCCCAAGUGCCAGAAGUCACUCCACCUGCAGUGUCAAGUCCCUCAUGGACACCUAUUGGCUACUGUGCGAAGCUGUUCAACAAGCCAACAUCUUCUACGGAGAUCAGCUGAUGGCCUCAUUCUUCACAUCGGUUGUCCACGUCACAAUCACUCUUUACUAUUUCUUCCUCUUGUUAAUGCACGGUCGGACUGUGAUCGCUAUCUUUGACGCGGCUUGGAUCAUCGCCCAUGUCACCCACCUGGUCCUGAUGGUACGUCCAAGCGCACUGGUGACAGAGAUGGCUGACGAGACUGCCCCGAUGAUCUGCAAGUUGAUCAACGUGGAUUUGGAUCCAACCCUGGUGGAAUUGCUGGAAGGAGUCCUAGUGCAAUUGAGGAAACAUAAUGGAAGAUUUUCAGCGCUUGGGUGUUUUCCCAUUAGUAACUCCACACUGACUGGAACCGCAGGAGCGGUCAUUACUUAUGUAGUGGUGAUGAUCCAGUUUCAUGCCAUUAAGAACUGA